AUGGCUGAGAUCAAGAUUGACAGCAAGCUGUUCCAGGAGCGCAUUUCGCACUUUGCCACGGCCUGGAAGAAUGACCUACGCUCCAAAGAUGGACUAUUUAACGGCGCCCAGUCCCUGGUGGUGAUGAUGGGCAAGGUUGAGGAGGUCCCUGAAUUUCACAAGAACAAUGCGAUUCACUUCUGGCUUCUUGGUUACGAAUUCCCAACAACCCUGAUGUUGUUUACACUUGAUACUCUCUACAUCCUUACAACAGCCAAGAAAGCGAAACAUCUCGAACAACUCAAAGGCGGCCGAUUCCCGAUCGAAGUGCUCGUACGAGGCAAGGACGCUGCAGAGAACGAGAAGCUUUUCGUCAAGCUCACAGACAAGAUCAAGGAGGCAGGAAACAAGGUUGGCACAAUUGCCAAAGACACCUCCCGAGGGCCCUUCGUCGACGAGUGGAAGAAGGUAUUCGCCGAGCAUUGUAAGGACGUUUCUCAGGUCGAUAUCUCUGCAGCUCUCUCCACCUACGCCUUCGCCGUCAAGGAUGAGAGUGAACUCCGAGCGAUGCGAACUGCCGCCAAGGCCUGCGUGGCCUUGAUGACCCCCUACUUCCUCGACGAAAUGUCCAACAUCCUUGACGCUGAGAAGAAAGUCAAGCAUUCCACAUUAGCCGACAAGGUCGACAAGAAGUUGGAUGACACCCAAUUCUGGAAGACCGUGCAGCUGCCUAGCAAGGGCAAGCUACCUUCUGAUCUCGACCCCGCUCAGCUGGACUGGAUUUUGGGACCAUCGAUCCAGAGUGGUGGAAAAUAUGAUCUACGAUUCGCAGGCGAGUCCAACGACGACAAUCUUCAUGCAGGCAUCAUCAUUGCUGCUAUGGGUCUUCGAUACAAGUCUUAUUGUUCGACGAUUGCACGAACUUACCUGGUCGAUCCCAACAAGGCUCAAGAGAACAGCUACAAACUCCUCACCCUGAUCCACAACACCAUCAUCAAGGAGAUCCGUGAUGGCAUGGCAGCGAAGGAGGUGUACGGGAGGGCUGUUAGCAUUAUCAAGAGCAAGAAGCCGGAAAUGGAGAAGCAUUUCCUCAAGAAUGUCGGCUGGGGUGUUGGACUAGAGAACAAGGACCCCACUCUCGUUCUCAACGCCAAAAACCAGAGAGUUCUGAAGGACGGCAUGACUCUUAUCAUCAACACGGGUUUCCAGGAUAUCGAAAACCCCCAACCUCAAGACAAGAACAGCAAAGUGUAUGCCCUGGUCUUGACUGAUACCAUUAGAGUUACUUCAGCGGAGCCUGUAGUUUUCACACAAGAGGCGCCCACGAGUGCUGACGCUAAUUCUUUCUUCUUCAAAGAUGAUGAGGAAGCUGAGCCUGCCCCCAAAAAGGAGAAGAAGGACUCGCGCGUUGGUGCUGUUGCUACUAAGAACAUCACAAACACGAGACUUCGCUCAGAGCGCACUACUCAGGUCGCUAAUGACGAUAUGGAGAAGAAGCGACGUGAGCAUCAGAAGGAACUUGCUGCCAAGAAGCAAAGAGAAGGUCUUGCGAGGUUCUCGGAAUCUACAAGUGGCCAGAAUGGAGGUGAGGUCAAGAAGUUCAAGCGCUUCGAGUCCUAUAAGAGAGACAACCAGUUUCCCAACAAGAUCAAGAACCUCGAGGUUGUUGUUGACAGCAAAAACAGCACAGUUGUGCUGCCUAUCAUGGGACGUCCCGUCCCUUUCCACAUCAACACCAUCAAGAACGCCAGUAAGAGCGACGAGGGCGAGUGGUCUUUCCUACGUAUCAACUUCCUGUCCCCUGGUCAGGGUGUAGGUAGGAAGGAUGACCAGCCAUUUGAGGAUGCCUCGGCGCACUUCGUCCGCAGUUUGACUUUCCGAUCGUCAGAUGGUGAGAGAUACAAUGAAAUAGCGACUCAAAUCUCCAACAUGAAGCGCGAUGUGGUAAAGAAGGAGCAGGAGAAGAAGGACAUGGAAGACGUCGUUGAGCAGGAUAAGCUUGUCGAAAUAAGAAACCGACGUCCGGCUGUGUUGGACAACGUCUACAUUCGCCCUGCCAUGGAGGGCAAGCGUGUACCAGGAAAGGUCGAGAUUCAUCAGAACGGUAUCCGAUAUAUCUCCCCGCUUAAUGCCCAGCACAGAGUAGAUGUGCUGUUUUCCAACGUCAAGCACAUUUUCUUCCAGCCUUGCCAGCAUGAGUUGAUUGUUAUCAUUCAUAUUCACCUCAAGGAUCCCAUUAUCGUCGGCAACAAAAAGAAGACGAAGGAUGUGCAAUUCUACCGAGAGGCGACAGAUAUCCAGUUCGACGAAACGGGUAACCGCAAGCGCAAGUACCGAUACGGUGAUGAAGAUGAGUUCGAAGCGGAACAAGAGGAACGACGUCGGAGAGCCGACUUGGACCGACUGUUCCAGGGCUUCGCACAGAAGAUUGCCGAGGCCGGCCGAAACGAAGGCAUCGAGGUCGACAUGCCUAUCCGUGAACUUGGAUUCCACGGUGUGCCAUUCCGAAGCAACGUCUUUGUUCAGCCUACCACCGACUGUCUCAUUCAGGUUGUUGAGCCGCCUUUCAUGGUUAUCACAAUUGAGGAGGUUGAAAUCGCUCAUCUUGAACGUGUCCAGUUCGGUCUGAAGAACUUUGAUAUGGUCUUUGUCUUCAAGGACUUCACACGAGCCCCUUACCACGUUAAUACUAUCCCUGUCGAGUUUCUUGACCAAGUCAAGGAAUACCUUGACUCUUCUGAUAUCGCUUACACUGAAGGUCCCCUCAACCUCAACUGGCCAACCAUCAUGAAGACUGUCACAGCAGACACCCACCAAUUCUUUGCCGAUGGUGGUUGGUCCUUUUUGCAAGCUGAUUCAGACGACGAUGGUGGCGAGAACCAGUCUGACGAGGAGUCUGCUUUCGAAAUGGAUGAGGACGAGUUCGAUGAGGAGUCCGAAUCUAGUGACGAAGGCUCUGAUUUCGGCAGUAAUGCUAGCGACGAUGAUGACGAGGAUGCCGAACUGGAUAGCGAGGAUGAGGGUGAAGACUGGGAUGAGCUAGAACGCAAGGCCAAGAAGCGAGACCGUGAGAGCGCCAUGGAAGAGGAAGACCGUGGUGGUAAUAAGAAGAAGCAGCGCAAGCGCUAG